AUGGAGGGAGUAUUUGCCAUCGAGAAGCCGGCAGGUGUGAGUUCUGCCGGAUUUUUGAACGACGUAAAGAGAGUUUUUGGAAGUGCCCAGAUCUUCGAGACCACUCUUGAAGAGCAGAAGAAGAGGAGGCUGGGUGGAUCCAAAAAUGGCAGGGCCCGGAGAGCCGGACAGCUCAAGAUGGGUCAUGGUGGUACAUUAGAUAUCAAUGCUUCUGGCGUGCUGGUAGUGGGUAUUGGGGCAGGCACCAAGAAGUUACACCAUUACGGGCUUCAGACCACCAAGAAGUACAUAGCCAAGGCCCUUUUAGGAGGAGCCACAACCAGCGGUGACUCCGACGGUGAGCUUGUGACAAAAACAGCAGUUGAUGGAAUUACCAAGGAAAUGGUCUUUGGUUUGGCAGAGAAGUUCAAGGGUACUUUGACGCAGACACCUCCAUUGUUCUCAGCUUUGAAAAUGGAGGGUAAACCUCUUUACGAGUAUGCUAGGGAAGGCAAGCCGCUUCCAAGGGCGAUUGCUAGUCGUGAAGUACAAAUAUAUGAUGUGAAAUUCUAUGAAGAUACGCUCACCACCGAUCAUGGGUACAAAUUCCUGAAACCAACCAUCGAUGAGGAUGGAGUCUCUUUAGACAAGAAACUCAACGGUAAUCCUACUCUGGUUGACGAUCCUCUCCAUUUCUCCAAAGAAUAUACGGAGAGUCUCAAGAAGGAGGGUAAAGAGCCAGAGGUGUUGGAGAUCAAGAAGCUAGCAGAUGUUGACCCAACAUUGGACGACGAAUACCGUGCCCCAAUGAUUCAUUUCGAAUGCACCGUUUCAUCUGGCACUUACAUUCGUUCGCUGAUCAGCGAUUUUGGUAAAGCCCUCGGAUCGUCUGCAUACAUGGUGGAUCUGGUGAGGUCAAAGCAAGAAGCAUGGGAAAUUGGCAAGAAUGUGUUCACAUUAGAGGACUUCAGAGACAACGACGAAGCAGUUUGGGGUCCGGUGUUGCAAAAAGUGUUUGCCGAGGGAGAGAAAAUAGACGUCCUAGAGGAACUCAAGGCUUCGAAGAAGAAGUUCGAAGAUGCUGCGAAAACUGAAAAGUCCACCAAAGAGGAAGGCCUUAGCUCAAAAAGAACAAUUGACGAGGUGUAA